GUCACGGGGUCUGUAGUAUUGUUCAUAUAUAUUUUUUGAACUUUUAUACUAAACAUGUAGAGAGAGAGAGAGAGAGAGAGAGAACUCAGUUAUGGAGAGCAAACAGCAAGUAGAGACAGCAAGAAAGCCCAUAAGAUGCAAAGCUGCAGUAUGUAGAAAUCCAGGAGAGGCACUAGUAAUAGAAGAGAUAGAAGUAGAUCCUCCUAAAGCUUUCGAGGUUCGGAUUAAAAUACUCUGCACUUCCCUUUGUCACACUGAUGUUACCUUCUGGGAAUUAAAUGUUGGGACAGUUGCAGUUUUUCCAAGGAUUUUUGGUCAUGAAGCAGUUGGUGUUGUUGAGAGUGUGGGAGAGAAUGUUGAGGAAGUGAAAAAAGGAGACAGAGUGUUGCCAGUGUUUCACCCUGAUUGUGGGGAAUGUAGGGAUUGCAAGUCUCCCAAGAGCAACUGUUGUUCCGCAUUUCCGCUGAGUCAUCGGAUUGGGAUGCCCAGAGAUGGAACCAGCAGAUUCAGGGACUCUAAUGGCGAGGUUUUGCAUCACUUCUUGUAUGUUUCAAGCUUCGCUGAGUACACUGUUGUGGAUAUCGCCGACAUCGUCAAGAUCAACACUCUCAUUCCCAUCGACAAGGCUUGUUUGCUCAGUUGUGGAGUAAGCACCGGAGUUGGGGCAGCAUUGAAGGUUGCAGCAGUGGAAGAAGGCUCCACAGUCGCAAUAUUUGGGCUUGGGACUGUGGGACUUGCGGUUGCAGAAGGAGCGAGGCUACUUGGAGCUUCAAAAAUCAUCGGAGUUGAUUUGAAUCCUGAGAAAUUUGAAAUUGGGAAAAAAUUUGGAGUUACAGAUUUUGUUAAUCCCACAAACUGUUCAGAAAAAUCGGUUGCCCAGGUGAUAAAAGAAAUGACAGAUGGGGGUGCUGAUUAUUGCUUCGAGUGCAUUGGAUUGGCCUCCUUGAUGCCAGAUGCGAUUAAUAGCUCUCGAUUGAUCUUGGGAGCUGCUGAGUUCAGUGCUGAGGCCUAUUCUGUUGUUGUUUUUUGGGAUGCUGUAGUGGUGAAUCUCUUGUGUAGAUCCUAGAAGCUGAGGCGUGCUCUGUUGCUGUUGUGUGGUGCUUAGUGGUGAAUCUUUUGUGUUGAUCCUUGGUGCUGCUGAGUUCAAUGUUGUAGUGGUGAAUCUCUUUUGUGCUGUUCUAUUUUUUUUUCUUUUUUUCUCUGUGCUUUGGUCUUUCUUGAUUGGUUUAUCACCAAUCUUGGGUUUGUGCUAGCAAAUGAUUGUGCUUCCUUAGCGGUGCCAACCUAGUUGGGAUUGUUAAGGUUAGCAUUGAUUCUUUUUGCACUUAUCUCUUUGUUGAUCUAAGUUUUUUUGCUUUCUUCAUUAAUAAAGUUUUUUUUGCUGAUAAAAAAAGUAUGACCUAAUUAUUAGGUCGUGAUCUUGGUUUAGAGGUUCUAGACAUAAUUUAAUGAAACAUACUUUUCAUAAUGACAUAGAAACUUGAAUGCCUUAUAACAUGAAUACAUAAUUAUUUUAGUCUAAAUAUAAAUAUAGUUUUUGUAUUUUAAAUUUAAAUAAAGAUUUGUGAAGAAAAAUAAAUGAAGUAGAAGUUGAAUUUUUUUUCCUACUAUUUCUCUGUCUUUUUUUUUUUCUACUUAAUUUCUUCACAAAUUUCUUAAUGUGUUUUUACAGGAGAAAUUUACAACGUGCACCCUUUAAAAGGUGCAUAUCAUAAAAAAGUUAAGAUUUUUUGUGAUGAGAGUUAUGAUUUUUUGUGAUGUGUGUCGUGACAUUUUCUGGUAAAGUUAUAAAUAGUGAAUUUAUGGUGUGCACCCUAAAGUUAGGGGUUAUGACACUAUGAUUUUUGUUAUGACACUUUGUAGUUUUGUUAUGACACUUUGCGAUUUUUGUUAUGGCAUUUUAUAAUGAAAAAAAGUUAUGACUUUUGUAGUAAAAAAAUUACGACAUUUAAUGUUUAAAAAUUUUGUAAAAAACUUAUGAAAGACAUACCGUAUGCAUCUUUUUUAGGGUGCACAUAGUAGCAUAUUUUCCAUCUUUAUAACGUAGAUUUCAAUUUACUUCCGAAGAUAUUGCAAAGUUAAUCUAUUUCAACAUAUAUUUAAAGGAAAAUGUGAUUAAACACACGUUAUUUUGAUGACCAUUCAAUUUUCUCAUUUUUUAAAUUUAUUUAUAUAAUGAGGUUAAUUUAGUU